CUGCUCUGCUGAGCGGGUCUGUGCCGGCUCCGGGGGCCGCCGAGCGAGGGUUUGCCCAGCAUGUCUCCAGUGGCAGAGAAGGACAGAGCAGUUGUCCAGCUCCUGCUCGACGCUGGCACGUGCCCACGAUGUGUGCUGAGGUUCUGCUCUGUGGGCUCACAGCUGCUCUACAGACACCCACAACAGGAUCUGCUGAAGGAUCUGCAGGAAUUCCUGAAGAACAGCCAGGAAAAGGAAGGCCCAGUGUGUUUGGAGGUGGCUGACCCCCCUUGUAAGAGACUCAGGCUUGAGCACGAGGAGGAAGGUGCUGAUGAGCUGAACCACAACGGGGCCAUCCCACAGCUCCCCUCUGCUGGGAAUACUGGGAAUACUGGGAAUACUGGCCUGGACAGCUCUGCUGGGAGGGUUUGCAACGUGUGUUUGGGAAUUCUCCAGGAGUUCUGUGAGCCUGACUUUGUUAAAAAGGUGUGCCAAAAAGUUAAUUCUGCUGACUACCAGUUCACCAGUUUUGUAUUUUCUGUGUCACUGCCCCCACAGCUCUCUGUCAGGGAGCGUGCUGCUUGGCUGGGGGUGAAGCAGCAGAUGAGAAAUCUGGGCCUUCCCUUGGCAAAGGAUGACAUUGUUCAGCUGAAGGAAGCUUACAAGUGGAUUAUUCAUCCCCAGCUGGCAGAAGAGUUGGGUGUUCCUGCUGAUGGAAAGAGUUUGUUUGAAGUUAGCGUGGUCUUUGCUCACCCCGAAACAGACGAGGAGUGCCAUUUCCUAGCCACAGCCUGCCCAGACUGUUUCAAACCAGCGAAGAACAAACAGUCUGUUUUCACCAGAAUGGCAGUUAUAAAAGCCCUGGAGAGGAUAAAAGAAGAGGAUUUUCUCAAGCAUUUUCCAUGUCCCCCAAGCUCACCAAAGAACCUCUGUGAUGCUCUGGAAAUCCAGUGCAAUAAUGGUGCAGUUUUUGUGGCUGGAAGAUACAACAAAUAUUCCAGGAAUUUACCUCAGACUCCCUGGAUUAUUGAUGGGGAGAGGAAGCUGGAAUCUUCAGUGGAAGAAUUAAUUUCAGAACAUCUGAUGGCAGAAUUCAAAGCAGACAGCUUUAAUUUUAGUUCCUCUGGAAGAGAAGAUGUGGAUGUAAGGACUCUAGGCAAUGGGAGGCCCUUUGCGAUGGAGCUGGUGAAUCCCCGCAGGAUCCAUUUCAGCGCCGAGGAGAUGAAGAGGCUGCAGCAGGCAAUUAAUGACUCUUCAGACAAAAUACAGGUUCGAGAUUUGCAGCUUGUCACCAGAGAGGCAAUUGGUCGUAUGAAGGAAGGUGAGGAGGAGAAGACAAAGACCUACAGUGCCUUGAUAUGGACAGACAAAGCGAUACAGAGAGAGGACAUCGCGUUCCUCGAUGAUAUCAAGGAGCUGAGGCUGGAGCAGAAGACGCCCCUGCGGGUGCUGCACCGGCGGCCGCUGGCCGUGCGCUGCCGGCUCAUCCACGGCAUGAGGAGCGAGUACAUCGACCAGCACCACUUCCGUCUGCACCUCAGGACACAGGCAGGAACCUACAUUAAAGAGUUUGUGCACGGAGACUUUGGGAGAACAAAGCCCAACAUUGGGUCCCUUCUGAACAGAACUGCUGACAUUCUGGAGCUGGAUGUAGAGUCUGUUGAUGUUGACUGGCCUCCAAGCCUGGCUGAUUAACCUCUGGAGCUGAGGAAGCAGCAGCUCCCUGGCAGCAGCUGGUGACCAGACACUGUGCAGGAUCUCUUACAGCCUGGGUGCCAAGGGUGUCCCUGGAACACUGGGAUCACGGUGAUCUGCCAAAGGAUACCCUUGGGCACCACUUUACACACUCAGGACCAGGCAGUGCUGGUUCAAUCUCUAGCCUUACUUUUAUUUCUUCUGUACAUAAAAAGAUUUUGGGGAGCCAAUGUCUAUAACCCACCAUCAAGCCAGGUUUUACUUUAUUUUUUUUUUUCUAUUGGAUACUACAGCUUUCCUUGUGUGGAUGCAGGUAACACUGAGUUACCUGAAACCCACUCCCAGCUUUUCCUGAGACACUUUUUGGUCAGUGGCAGUAGAGAUAAGCAGAUUUCUCUCUCACAGUGCUUUUCAAAGGGAGAAAAAAAAAGUUUUCUGAGGAAGACUUUGCACUUAAAACCAAGUUUUUCUCAUUUAAAAACAUUGGGGAUGCUUCCUAGAAACAAGAGUUGAGGCCUCCUCAGCCCUUUUGAGGAGUAGGAAUUCCCCAGUGAGUCACAAUGUACAAAAAGACUGGGAACUCCUGGCAGUGGUGGGUGAUGGGAAUCUAAAGAAAAACAGGAACACCAAGAAUGUCAAUGAGCAGGCAGAAACAGGAGGUACCACAGGGUGCUGGUAUCCAGAGAGAGAGAUAAAAACCUCUGAUUUAGCAGCAUAAUACAUUUCUUCUUGUACCUCACCUUGGAUGGAUGCCUGGAAGAGUUGAACACAGCCUAGGAACUGGAAUAGGGAAGACCUGAGGUUUUCUCUGGUUAUUUUAAAUGUUUCCUACUAAGCACCACCAACAUCUUUAGGAAGUCACUUUUUAAUACCAGUAUCAUGUUAAUCCAUUAGGGAGGUACUUCCCUGAAGUACAGAAGAGUUAAACUAUCAACAAGAAAUUAAGGUUUGGAAUUUCAGAGCUCUUUGUUAACGUUUUGGGGCUAAAGAGGGUAACAUUUGCCAAGACAAGCCACUGUCUGGGGACAGGGAGGAUCACUGGGAUGUCUUCCCUUGAAUUCAGUGAUGCUACAACAGCUCCAUGAGAGCUUGAGGCUCUAAAAGUGUUAAUAAAUACAUUUUUGAGGAGCUCCUUUAAGGCUCUGUCUGUGCUGGGCUGUCAGAACUUGUGUCUGUAAUGUAAGUAAUUCAGAAGCUCCUGUUUUUCUAACACAGAAAUUUGAUUCAGACAGAAAUACUAUUUUUGGUUUUAAUAUUAAAGCUCUUAUGAGCAAAACAUUCCAUGAGUAGUUCUCAGAUAAUAAUCUGCAGCCAGGAAGGAAAUGUCAUUAAUGAUGGAAAACUAAAGAAACUGAAUUCAGAAAACAAAAGGGAAUUUCAUAUCUGCAUGAUUUCUUGAAACUCACAGUGAGCUAAAAUACGAUUUAUAAAUUCCAUCAUCUACAAGGGAAAGAAAAUGUAAACAAGACUGUGCUCUCUGGACACAACAGGCAUGGGAAGAGCUGCUCCAAGGGGAAAUGGAGCCAGAGGGGGAAAGGGCAGCCAAGGACACACAAGGCUCUUCCCUGAGCAGCUCCUGCUGCACCUGGGGAUCCCAAGCAGAAUCCAGGGUAAGGAUGACCCUCGGUGUGCUGGGUCUGAGCUCUUCUCUGGGCAAGGCAGAGAGCUCUCUCCCAAAACUCCCAGGCUGUUUAUUUUUAUGGAAAAUCUGCGGUAUCCCAAUGUGGGGGGGUGGAAGCUGAUAUGCAAAUAUCCCUGAGCUCUUGAGGCAGCUCCUGGGCACCAAUCAUGGGCAGAAAUGAAACUGAGAAAUGUAAUCUGGGCCUCUGAACUUUGCUUCCAGUCCAGUUUUGCAACCAUCACACACUGAAUAUUGCAGCAAUAAUAUUCAUGCUGCACUUGGGCCUUCAGCUGAUUUUUAGGAGUAUUUUUGUGAGUGCUCAAACUGGGUGUUUGGUGAGAGCCAGAUUUCAUCUUGUAUUUCCCCAGCUGGACACCUCCAAUGCCUCCCCCCUGCAUUUUGGUUUUGCAUCAGCUCAGCUGGGCCUGGAGAGAGCUGGACUGGCAGCACAGCUCAGCCAAAAGCAUCUGUGCCCUGGUCCCCUCUGCCUAAAAACCCAACAGCUCUGCCACAAAACCUGCUCAGGCAGAUCAGCCCUCACAUGCCUGAGGUUUUAUAGUGGCCACCUGCAACAGGGAGCAGAAAAUACUCCAAAAACCCCAGGAUAAGCAACCAAGAACCUACCUUGUCCCUUUUCCCUGCCUUCCCAUGGUGAGGGACACCACGAAGCCGAGGAGGCUGCAGAAGCUGAGCACUUGGUAUAACCAGUUUUUUUUAAUUACCAAACCAACUCGUUUACAAAGGAAAACAGAACUUUAAAAAUAUUUAAUUAUGCCAUAAGAACAAAUUGUACUACAAAGAGCUUUAUAAAGUGAGCAAAGGGUUUUCUGAAGUGAGCAAAAUGUUUACAUUUAAUAUACUUAAAACUGAGAACUUCAAAAAGAAAACAACUGAAUAAACAACACGAGUCAAACUAUCUGUGUAUUUCUUUGGCCUCUCUGUUGCUGAGGAGUGUGGGGGAGAGGUGCAGAAGUGAGGAAAAACUGCUUUAAAACAGUUUUCAGUUUGUUGUGCACCUGG